CUGUUAAUUUGGGCAGUUAACCUUGCUUAGGUCGCAUUUUUUAUAUUUUUUUUGAUAAUGUGGAGAGCAAAACUUAAAAAAGUGAUGACAUGUGCCAUGUCACAUGCUAACUGGUAAAAUCGUGCCAAAUACAUUCAAAUGGGUCCCACAUCACCAUCUUUGCCCAUCGGUUACUGUUUUUCUUCCUUCCAUGUUCUACAGAACCCAGAUUUGGCAAAAAAUUCCAAUUGCCAAAAAAUUCCUCACAACAAAUUCCUCAAAAAAUUCCCAAAAAUCCCUCAAUUGCCCCUCAGCUGCCUUUGUCCAUUCCAACUUAUAGUCGUACAGAAUCAUAUAGCCGGAGUGAAUGAAUUAAAAUAAUCAUCUUAAGUCCUAGCUAUGUCCUAUAUUAUGAGCAUAUGCAUUUGAGGUCUCCUUAAAAGUGUACUCUUCAUCUUCCAAUGAGUGGAGAUAGACAGAUUGAUCCAACAGUCGUUCAUCCAUCCAUUGCUCUUUUGCAAGAAAGGUACAGACAGUUGGAGAGAGCCAAGGACAUGAGGCUGGAGAAAGAGCUCUUACGGAUGUUGCCUGAAUCAAGGCAGAUCAAUGCAGCUAUAACUUAUGUGCCAUCUAGAUCGCUUUUCCACCCUGAACUCAUGCUUUCACAGCUGUCUCUUUAGUGUACAGUCAAAAGAGAAGCCAGUAUGCAGAGCAGGAAUACCAAGGUUCAGGCCCUUCAGACUCAGACUCCACUAUUGGAGAAUUUAUGGUCCAGAGACACUGUCACAUGCACAACUUACCAUGAUGAUAUUUCAGAUGUUGAUACUUCGUCUGUGAAAAAGUAUUGCAAUGUUAGUCUACCUAGUAAUCCUGCGGUUUCCUUCCGUUUCUUCUUCAUGGGGCAGUAAGAAUAUGGGAAGGAAAAGAAGGUGCUAAAGAAAAAGAAAACAGAAUAUGCAAUGUAGCUAAUGGCCAUUAUCUUAUGUAUCUUCAGAACUACAUAGUAAUCAGAAAGGCAAUUCUCUUAUCUCUUCUGAAAUGCAUUCUCAUCAUAGGUAAUGUUAUCCAAUUUGUCACCGUUCCCUUUCCUCUUCCUGAUUUUGGGAAUCAAUCGAGUUACAUCUU